AUGCCGCAUGCAGUCACUCCCAUCAGUAUGCAUGGACUGGGGGCCACACAUGGAUCAAUGCUGUCUGCAGAGCACAGUCUGGAGAGAUACCAGCCUCUGAACAUUGCCAUGACCAGGUGCAACUCUCCUGUCAAGAACCUCUACCUGUCAGGACAAGAUGUUUUCUCUGCUGGUUACUCUGGUGCUCUGCAUGGUGGACUUAUCUGUGCUUCAACCAUUAUGGAUCACUGUCUGUAUGUUGACCUCCUGCUCCAACAAAAGAAACUGAAGAGCAAGGUGGUGAAGAAACUAGAGUGAGAAUAUGAGGGAUAAUAUUUACACGCUGUAAUGUUUUGCUGCAUGUUUGAUCUCUGCGACUCUGAAUAAAAACGUGAAUAUUGCACAAUGUUACUGGUAAUUGUAUUUAUAAUGG